UGAUAUAAAAUGGCGGCCCAAGUUUCAUGCAAAAGUUCUUUUGAUGGAAAUUGUUUGCCUUUUCACGGAUGAUCGCCAAACUACAAAGUCUGCAUGGAACCUGAUUAAAGUAUUUCAAUGAUUAGUUAGUUUAUUCCUAGGGAAGUAACCCUGUCAUGGCAAACAUAGGAUUUGACGACUCUCCAUCAGACCGACUGGAGGGAACACAAGUUCAUUCUGUUGUCGGUGGCUUGAUAUUAAAAGGAAACAGCAACAGAGCGUCUCAAUCCCCCAAGAAAAGCGUAUUAGGGCUACAAAAGCUCGCUGAGGAGAAAAGAAAGCGAAAAUUGGAGGAGGAUGGCGAGGAGACGAAGAAGAUCAAAGCUCUUUCUUCAUAUCGCGACGAAGAUUGGGACGAAUCGGAGUUCACGGGAGAAGCGCGAAUCAGCGCUGGAAGUAAAGGAUUUAAGUCGAAAUCACGACAUUAUAGAUCUGGAUUGGCUGAAACCCCUUCACACACUGGAGGUGUUAAUGCAGAUAUAAGAGAAAAACAGCUCCAGAGACUCGAAAGAGAUCGUGACUCCAGAAGAAGUGGUUUGUAUGCUCAAUCUAGGCCAAAGGACAGAGAAAAAGAUUAUAGAAAAGAUAGAAGAGAUAAAAACGAUGAUAGAGAAAGAAGAAGGUAUGAAAAAAGACAGCAAAGUAGUCGAAGUUCUCGAGAGUACCACAGGGAUGGAAGGGAAAAUUAUUUUAAAGAGCCAAGAUCGAGCCGCAGUGACUGGGAAGAGACGCCAUACAGAAGUAGUCGGUCAAGAGAUGAAGGUUAUACUCCUAGACACAAAUCAAAAGACAUAAGAACUCCUUCACGGAGCAGUUGGGAUGAUGAAGAUGCCACACCCAGCAGAGCUAAAUGGGAAAUGCCAUCUCCCAGCAGAUCAGUAUAUGAAGACAUGAAAAGUGAAAGAAGAUCCCAUCGAAGAAUAGAUGACACUCCUCGCUUCACCCCUACACAUAAAUACAAUGUUUGGGAAGAUGAUCGCCGUAGCACUGGAGCUACUCCUAGAUUCUCCAAAGGAAAACGUUCUGAAGAUGACAAGGAAUCACGAUUUCCUUCUGAAGUUGACAAGGAGGAAUGGGAAGAAGAACAAAAGAGGCUGGACCGAGCUUGGUAUGAUAUGGACUCUGGUUAUGAUGAAACACAUAACCCUUUUGCUGACGUCAGUGAUGAAUACACCAAGAAGAAAGAGGAAAAUAUGGCUAAGAAAGCAGUUAAGAAGAUGUCAGCACAACAGAGGCAAAUAAACAAGGAUAAUGACCUCUGGGAGACCAACAGGAUGUUGACAAGUGGUGUGGUGCAGAAGUUAGAUGUUGAUGAAGACUUUGAAGAUGAUCAAGAAGCCAAAGUCCACCUGUUGGUACAUAACAUAGUGCCGCCCUUUCUUGAUGGACGCAUUGUCUUCACAAAGCAACCAGAACCGGUCAUUCCAGUCAAGGAUUCCACUUCAGACAUGGCUAUGAUUUCAAGAAAAGGUUGUCAUGUUGUACGUGUUCACCGAGAACAGAAAGAACGACAGAAGUCGCAACACAAACACUGGGAACUGGCGGGAACAAAACUUGGCAACAUUCUGGGUGUUAAACAGGAAGAAGAUGAAGAUACAAAACAAGACGAGGAAGAAGAUUACAAAGAUAAUCAGAAGUUUGCUGAACAUAUGAGGGAUAAAAAUGAAGCCAGCAGCGAGUUUGCUGCGAAGAAAUCAAUCAAGGAACAAAGAGAGUAUUUGCCCAUAUUUGCGAUUCGAGAAGAGCUUCUUAACAUCGUGAGAGACAAUCAGGUUGUUAUUGUGGUUGGUGAAACAGGUUCUGGAAAAACAACACAGCUUACUCAGUACAUGCAUGAGGAUGGAUACACAAAUUAUGGAAUGAUUGGUUGCACACAGCCUCGUCGAGUGGCUGCUAUGUCAGUUGCUAAGCGCGUCAGUGAAGAGUUUGGCUGCAGACUUGGUGAGGAAGUUGGCUACGCCAUUCGGUUUGAGGAUGUCACUUCCGAGCGCACAAUGAUCAAGUACAUGACAGAUGGUAUUCUUUUGCGAGAGUCUCUCCGUGAGUCAGAUCUUGAUCAUUACAGCGUCAUUAUCAUGGACGAGGCGCACGAACGGUCGCUGAACACAGAUGUCCUCUUUGGUCUGCUUAGAGAGGUCAUUUCUCGCCGAAGGGAUAUGAAACUGAUUGUUACCUCUGCAACCAUGGACGCUAAAAAAUUCGCCGACUUCUUCGGGAAUGUUCCUACAUUUCAGAUUCCAGGUCGAACUUUUCCUGUGGACAUACUUUUCAGCAAGAAUGUUGUCGAAGAUUACGUGGAUGGCGCUGUGAAGCAGGCUUUGCAGAUUCAUCUUACGCCGGCGAAAGGUGACAUUUUAGUCUUCAUGCCUGGUCAAGAAGACAUCGAAGUUACUUGUGAUCUUAUCACAGAACGUCUAAACGAGUUAGACGAAACUCCACCAUUGGCUGUGUUACCUAUCUACUCCCAGCUACCAUCCGAUUUGCAAGCCAAGAUAUUUCAGAAGGCGCCGGACGGUGUCAGGAAGUGUAUCGUGGCAACGAACAUUGCGGAAACGUCGCUUACAGUUGACGGAAUUAUGUUUGUAAUUGACUCUGGCUACUGCAAGCUCAAGGUUUUCAAUCCCAAGAUUGGUAUGGACGCUUUGCAAGUUUAUCCCAUCAGCCAGGCCAAUGCCAAUCAGAGAUCUGGUCGAGCCGGCAGAACAGGGCCUGGCCAGUGCUUUCGUCUUUUCACGGAGAGUUCCUACAAAAACGAGCUACUUGUGUCCACCGUACCAGAAAUCCAACGAACAAACCUGUCCAAUGUCGUGCUGCUUCUCAAGUCCUUAGGUGUUCAAAAUCUGCUCGAGUUUCACUUUAUGGAUCCUCCGCCACAGGACAACAUCUUAAACUCCAUGUACCAACUGUGGAUUCUUGGCGCGCUGGACAACACAGGGAGUCUCACUCCCCUGGGGCGUCAGAUGGUUGAGUUCCCUCUGGACCCCGCCCUGUCCAAGUUGUUGAUCAUCGCUGUGGAUAUGGAGUGCAGUGACGAGUCGCUUAUCAUCGUGUCUAUGCUGUCAGUUCCCGCCAUUUUUUUCCGUCCAAAAGGAAGAGAAGAGGAGAGCGACGCGGCAAGGGAGAAAUUCGCUGUACCCGAGAGUGAUCACUUGACUUACCUUAAUGUAUACAUACAGUGGAAGACUAACAACUACUCAGCCCAGUGGUGCAAUGAGCACUUUAUUCAUAUUAAAGCGAUGCGUAAGGUUCGUGAAGUACGUGGCCAAUUGAAAGAUAUCAUGAACCAACAGAAAAUGCCGCUGAAGUCGUGCGGCAACGAUUGGGAUAUCAUCAGAAAAUGUAUCUGUUCCUCUUACUUUCACCAAGCCGCCAGAUUAAAGGGCAUUGGAGAAUACGUCAACAUGAGAACAGGAAUGCCGUGUCAUCUUCACCCCACUAGUGCUCUGUUUGGUAUGGGAUACACACCCGACUAUAUUGUUUAUCAUGAGCUUGUUAUGACCUCUAAGGAAUACAUGCAAUGUGUCACAGCUGUUGAUGGCUACUGGCUGGCAGAACUGGGCCCUAUGUUUUACACAGUGAAAGAAUCCACAAAGACAAGGCUGGAGAAACGAAAGCGUGCCAGGGAAGACUUAUCGGCUAUGGAAGAAGAAAUGGCGGCUGCCAGUGCGCAGAUGAAAGCUCGAGAAGAGGAAAAGCUUGCCAAACUAACUCCUUCAGUAAAAUCACAUAUCGCUACGCCAGGACGUAAAACACCUGCAACUCCACGCCGAACGCCCUACAGAUUUGGACUCUGAAGGCCAACGACAGAUUUUGUUCGUCUAAGAAGUUGUGGAAAGAGAGUGGUGAAAUUUGAGUCUUCAUAGAUUUUUACGAAGGACUGGUCAAGCUAACGUUGGAAAUAAACUGUAUAUGAACCCAAACCGAACAGCCGGAAAACCCAUAAGCAUA